AUGGCAUUAUGGGGAUGGAAAUGCUUCGGCCAAAUUUUCUUUGAGCAACGUGAUUGCGUUGAGCUCUUCAUACGACCUGUUCCAUGUUUUGUCGCAAUUAACGUAGUUUGCCACAGAGUUGCUACAGCAAAUCAUCCUCAAACAAGGGGGCAAGCUGAGGUGUCAAAUAGAGAAAUCAAGCAAAUAUUAGAGAAGACGCUGGUUUAUGGGAAGGCAUGUCACUUGCCCGUUGAACUGGAACACAAGGCAUACUGGGCCAUUAAAAAGCUGAACAUGGACCUUGAGGUUGCAGGCGAGAAAAGACUUAUGCAAUUGAAUGAGUUGGAUGAGUUCAGGCUGCACUCUUAUGAAAAUGCUAAGCUAUAUAAAGAAAAGACAAAAAGAUGGCAUGACAAGCAUAUCAAGCCGCGGCACUUUGAGCCAGGACAGCAUGUAUUAUUAUUCAAUUCUAGACUACGGAUGUUCCCUGGAAAGCUAAAAUCGAGAUGGUCAGGUCCGUUUGAGGUGGUGAGAGUCACGCCUUAUGGUGCAAUCAAGCUACGAGCUUUAAAUGGUGAGAGAAAAUUCUUAGUGAAUGGUCAUAUAGUCAAGCAUUAUUGGGGAGGAAUGAUUAAUCCUGAGAAGACCAAGGUUGUACUCGCUGAUGAGUAA